AUGGCGAAUGGAAACUAUAGCACUGUCUCUGAAUUCAUCCUAUUAGGCCUCUCUAGCCAUUCAGAGAAGCAAGAGCUCAUCUUCGCGUUGUUCCUGACCAUGUAUCUGAUUGGAGCAGCCGGGAAUCUACUCAUCAUCCUGGCUAUCUGUUUAGAUUCACACCUCCAUACUCCUAUGUAUUUCUUCCUCAGCAACCUGUCCCUAGUAGAUUUCUGUUUUACUUCUGCCACAGUCCCUAAGAUGUUGUUUAACAUCCAUAUGCAGAUGCUAUCUAUUUCCCGUGAGGGCUGCCUAACCCAAAUCUAUUUCUGCAUCUUGUUGGCAAAUAUGGAUAAUUUUCUCUUGACGACAAUGGCAUAUGACCGUUACGUGGCCAUCUGCUACCCCCUUCAGUAUACUACUAUGAUGAGCUUACAGCUCUGUGGUCUGAUGCUGGCUGGCUCCUGGCUCAUUGCUAACUUACACUCCCUGCUGCACACUCUCCUCAUGGCCCGUUUAGACUUUUGUGCCAAGAAUGUUAUUCCAUACUUCUUCUGUGAUCUUGUUCCUCUCCUUCAGCUCUCCUGCUCUGACACAAGCCUCAACCAGUUUAUGAUCUUGAUAGUAGGUGGGCUGAUUGUUCUCAUUCCCUUCCUUUGUAUUCUUAUCUCCUACACUCACAUUGUGUUAGCUGUCCUAAAGGUUCCAUCUGCCCGGGGCAAGCAGAAGGCUUUCUCCACUUGUGGCUCUCAUCUCACUGUGGUUAUUUUGUUCUAUGGAACUAUCACUGGGGUCUACUUGAAUCCAUCAUCGUCUCACUCUGCGGAAAAGGAUUCAGUGGCAUCAGUAAUGUAUAUGGUAGUAACUCCCAUGCUAAACCCCUUCAUCUACUGCUUAAGAAACAAUGAGAUGAAGAGGGCCCUGAGGAAGGUGUUUAGCAAACAAAGCUCUCAUAGUCUAUGA